AUGGCUUCUUCUUUUGCAACCGAUCGCAAUCUGAAACGGCCUGGUGAGGUACACGUCAUUGUCGGCCCCAUGUUCGCCGGUAAAACCACUGCUCUGCUUCGCCGUGUCAAAUCCGAACUCAACUUGGACAGAAAUGUUGUGAUAAUAAAGUCAAGCAAGGAUGCGCGAUAUGCAAUAGAUUCAGUGGUGACUCACGAUGGGACGAAGUUCCCUUGCUGGGCAUUGCCGGAUCUCUCGUCUUUCAAGCAGAAAUUUGGUGCCAAUGCCUAUGACAGACUAGACGUGAUUGGUAUUGAUGAAGCUCAAUUCUUUGAUGAUCUCCAUGAAUUCUGCUGUGAGGCGGCUGAUCUUGACGGGAAAAUUCUUGUAGUUGCUGGCCUAGACGGUGAUUACAUGAGGAGGACUUUUGGCUCAGUGCUUGAUGUAAUUCCUCUUGCUGAUACCGUAACAAAGUUGACAGCAAGGUGCGAGUUAUGUGGCAAACGGGCAUUUUUCACUUUGAGGAAAACAAAUGAAAUGCAGACAGAACUCAUAGGUGGUGCAGAUGUUUACAUGCCUGUUUGCCGUCAACACUAUGUUAAUGGACAAGCUGCAAUGGAAGUUGCACGAAAUGUUGUUGAAGCUCAGAAAAUUCCGAAUGACUUGACAGUCGAGGCAGCAGCUGCACUAGUUUAG